GCAGCGUCAUCGAACCGACGCUGCUUAAGUAUGCCAACGGAUGAUGAAGAAUGUGACAGUAAUACCAACAAAUGGUUUUUUAAUAAAGACGAAGGAAAAUGUGAAAACUUUAUGUAUGGAGAUUGUCCAGUGCAAGGCAAUAUAUUUGACACCAAGGAAGAAUGCAGAAAUACUUGCAAAAACGCAGGAGAAGGACAACAUAAAGGGAAGCCCGGCAGUGGGUCUGGUAAGGGCUCCAAAGGUCGUCCCAGACCGUCGAGGCCAAGUGGUUCAAGCGAUGAAAACAGGGGUGGAGGACCCAGGCGCCGCCAAAAACAAGGAUCAGAAGAAGAGACGGGUCCGAGCAGGGUGCCUGGUAAAGGACACGGGGGCAACCGAUGGCCACCGAGGCCGAGCAGACCACAGAAGGCGAAACCACAGAAGCCACCUAGGCCAAUAUACCAAAAACCUGUCGGUGGAACGAAACAUCGACCAAGCCCACCUCGCCAUCGUCCGGGCAAAGGAAGCUGUGGAGCAAGACCAAAAAAGGGAGACUGCCAUGAAAACCGUAACAAGUGGUUUAAUAAUGGACAAUUCUGGACUUGCUCUCGUGUACGGAAAGGAAACUGCCCGACCGUCGGAUCCUUCUUCGAAAGCUGUGAAGAUUGCAUGCAGAAAUGCCACCCGAACAAGGUCAAGACCUGCCAGUUCAUGACCUGAACAAGUGCUACAAGACCACUGCACAAACUAAUGCGGUGCCUCAGCCACAGUUUGCUGCAUGGGGCGGGGAACAAGAAAGUAGAAAGUAAGUUGCAAAAUAAAGCUGGAGCACCAUAGUAUUUUAUGAUUUGUCGGGUUUGUUUACGAUGACACAAGCUCACCAAAUAAAGGAAAUU